CCAGUAGAAAGAUUCAUCAAAAUGGCGUGGGAAGAACCAAGAAAAACGGGUAUGCAAUACCGCCGCUUAGGCAAUUCAGGAUUGCAUGUGUCUGCUCUCAGUCUGGGCGGAUGGCUCACUUUUGGUGGCCAUGUAGAAAAUGAGCUCACAUUUUCUUGCAUGAAGCAAGCCUACGAUUGCGGUAUCAACUUUUUUGACACGGCCGAAUCAUAUGCCGGCGGUCAGUCCGAAGUAGUCAUGGGUCAAGCCAUCAAAAAGUACAACUGGAACCGCAACGAUAUUGUUAUUUCCACGAAACUCAACUGGGGCGGCGCAAAUGGCGAAGUGCUUGUCAACAACCACGGACUUUCGCGGAAACACAUCAUCGAGGGUCUCCGAGCCUCCUUGAAGCGACUGGAUUUGGAAUAUGUUGAUAUCGUGUACGCGCAUCGACCCGAUAGACUGACUCCGAUGGAGGAGACGGUGCGUGCUUUCAAUCACGUGAUCGAAACGAAAGGAUGGGCCAUGUACUGGGGUACCAGCGAGUGGUCCGCAGACGAGAUCGCUGAAGCAUGCGGAAUCGCUAAACAGCUUGGAUUAAUCGCGCCAAUUGCUGAGCAGCCUCAUUACAAUCUGCUCGUCAGGUCCAAGGUCGAAGGCGAAUUCCAGAGACUAUACAGCCGAUUCGGCAUUGGCCUGACGACGUUCUCGCCUUUGAGACUCGGUGUCUUGAGUGGUAAAUACAACGAUAGCCCAGAUGCUCCGCCCGAGGGAUCACGACUUGCGCAGGGUAACGACAAGUUCUUGAACUACAUGAAGAACGACGUAUAUGGCAAAUCGGAGUGGCAAGACAUGAUUGAGAAAGCGAAAAAUUUGAAGCCGAUUGCGGAGAAGCUCGGUGUCACUCAAUCGCAACUGGCGCUCGCGUGGUGUUUGAAGAAUCCUAACGUGUCUUCUGUCAUCACCGGUGCGUCGCGUCCGGAGCAGGUUGUCGAAAACUGCAAAGCGCUUCAAGCAUUGGACAAACUUACCCCUGAGAUUUUGAAGGAGAUUGAUGGAAUCGUGGGAAGCAUACAGCUUGAUCCAGCCCGACAGGACUAA